AUGAUCAAUAUAAACCCAUUAUCCGAACAUUCAUUUCAGCUGUUAGGCUAUUUUUCAAAUGUGCGACUAAAUCGUUCAGUGGUACGGAGUCAAAUGCUGCAAAAUACAUUUCUAAUAGAAAUUGUUAUCAAAAAACUUGAUAUAAUAGUUCCAAUUAUUCCUCUAAUUAGAUCAUUGGCUAAAGCGAAAUUUUGUAAUGUAUUAGGGCAGCCCAUUAGUAAGCCGGUCUGGGCCGAUUCAUCUGAUUUUGAUAUUAUUGACCGAUUUUUGGGAAUAUGCAGAAAUCUUUCUCAUUAUUAUAAUGGAUCCUCAAAAAAAAAAAGUUUGUAUCGAAUAAAGUAUAUACUUCGGCUUUCUUGUAUUAAAACUUUGGCUUGUAAACAUAAAAGUACUGUACGCGCUUUUUUGAAAAGAUCAGGUUCAGAAGAAUUCUUGCAAGAAUUCUUUACAGAGGAAGAAGAGAUUCUUGCUUUUCUUUUUCCAAGAGAUUCCUCUACUUUGCAGCGGUUACAUAGAAAUCGCAUUUGGUAUUUGGAUAUUCUUUUCAGUAACGAUCUGGUCCAUGAUGAAUGA